GCGGGAAUCCUGGCAGGCCUUCGUUCCGAGGCUUCUCUAUUAUGCAGGUCUGAUUUUCGGGGCGGGGCGAAAAAUGCUACAAGCAUAAAAGUCGUCCUUUCCCUCUUCUCCCCUCACUUGGUUCCCUCUCCGUGCUGGUAUCCAAGUGUAUUUAGAGAGUUGCCAUCGAAAUAACUGUUGCAAACAUGUCGCCCAAUAUGAGCUUCACCUGCAGUCUCACCUUUGCACUGUUGUUGCUCCUGUGUAUCCCAUUGAUUGAUGCUCGACCGCGUCCAGCCGAAGUCGAGCGUCGGCAAUUGGUCAGUUCCGUCGUGACUCUCACGCUGAUCAGUCCCACUAGUCCGUCAAGUGCUUCUGUUGAGCCGACUACCGAGCCAACCACCACGACCACUGCCACUACCACUACUACUGAGUGGACUGCGACCACCACUACGGUAGCAACGUCUCCGACUCCCACGUGUACGCCUGGUGAACCCGCCGCCGGAUCAUGGCUUGACUCCAUUUUUGGCCAAGGUCUGGAUCGGAUCCUGAUGAACACCGCGAGUGUGUAUAACAGCAGAAUCUUCCCAGUGUUGCAAAAAUGCGACGUUAUCAAGUCGGAUGUUGAUGAAGAUCUACAACGCUUUUACUUUCUCUACCACCUGGCCCAAAAUCUAAUUCACGAACCAGCUCUUACCGGAAACCUGACCGCACAAGGCAUUCUGAGCGAUGCCAUAUGCGAUGUUUUGGAGGCUGUACACAGCCUGAUGAGUCUCGUCGAUUUCUACGGAAACUCUUCCUGCACCAGUAAUCUUGUGUCGGUCGCCGAGAACGGCAUGUCCGUAGGAAUCUGGCCAUGCUUGCAAGAUUCUUAUCCCGGGGACGGAUCGAAUAAACCCUUCCUGUUCCCUCAAGCUGAUCUCGAAACGAAGAAGCCAGAUGUAAUUGCAAUCGCACAGGGCUUUGGUUGCCGUGGAAAUGUGGUCAAAAGAAUGAUGAAAAGGUCGGAGAUCCUGAGUGGCGUACAGCGGAUUUAGAUUAAAGCGCAGAGGAGAAAGUGAUGAAACACUAGAUGUAGUUGAUAUGUGUAUAUGUGUGCUUACCUGCGUUCUAUUUAUACUUAAGCUUUAAUGUUAAUAAUACUUUUGUGUCAUCGGUCGA